AUGAGUUUGCUAACGUUGUUUCCGGACAAUGUGCUGGUAGAGGUGCUGCUGAACUUGAGUCCAUAUGACAUCAACAAUCUUUAUUCCAUUGAAUCAGUUUCAAAGAGAUUGGUAAAUUUUAUAUCGUUAACAAAAGAUACGAACGAUCUUACGGUUUUCAAUAAUGUUCCUAAAGAAUCACAGUUACUUCUUCCAAAAAAUUCCAAAAGAUUUGCAAUAAAGCGUGGAUAUAUACAACUUUUUGAAUUUAAAGAUGCUAAAAGUUAUACUGAGAAAAUUUCAAAGCUUUAUGAUUCAACUCCAAAAUUUAUCGUAUUUCCAGGUACUGAUCAUGGACCUGCAAUAGACAAAUUAGUGGACGUUAACAAAUGUUUUGGUAGAAAUCCUAAAUCUAGCUUUCAUUAUUUCAUGUUUGAACCAAAAUUUAUACGUCAAUGGGACGUUAUUUGUUAUCCUGAAUAUUUCCAUUUUCCAAAUUUAAUUGAUAUCGAGUUACGUGGUUCUAAAAUCAUAUCAGACAAGAAACAGAAAUUCUUCAAUUAUAACAAUGCUGAAUCUUUAAUCAUUAUGAACUCAGAAAUAAAUUUAUCAAAAAGGUUUUUCAGUGCUAUUGAUUUUGAAAGAAACGAUCCUUUAGAAAAGCUGACUGUAUUUGAUUCAAAUCCAAACGAUCUCAAUCUGUUCAAUCAAACAUUCAAAAAUAUAACAGAUAUGGAACUUGUACUAGAUGAAUUUGAUAAUUAUGAUCCAUUCAUUUUCGACAAGAGCUUUAAAAUUACAGGGUGUGACUUUUUAAACCUUAAAAGUCUUAAAAUAAAGUGUUCUUCAGGUGGUAUCAUUGAAAAAUCAUCUUUCCCCAAUCUUAAAGCUCUUUCAAUUUGUCAAAAAGCAAGCACAAUCGAAGGUCACAAAAUAGAGAGAAUUUUUUUGAAGAACUUAAAGCUCCCAGAACUAAUAGACUUUGAAUGGAUUUCAUCUUUUUCUUCUCCUAUCAUCGGAAGAGAUUUUGAAGCUCCAAAACUCGGACUUUUGAGACUUUAUAUAAAUAAAGAUUUCCAAAAAAGUAAUCCACAUAAAGGAUGGGAAGAUUCAAGGGAUUUUACAAAUAUCAGUGGUUUAGUGUCCAUUAUUCCUGAAUAUUUGGUUAUUGAUUGUCCCCUGAUAUUGAAAGCUUUUAAUUCACUUGGUGCAUUAAGAUAUAUAAGGAAUCUGUUUUUUUGUGCAGAAUAUAUAAGCCUGAAAGAAAUCAGCGUUUUUGAAGGGUUGAAAUUUGAUAAUUUAAUUAAUUUAGCGUUUUAUGAUAUUGAAUUUGAUGAUACUACAGAAGCUACAAAAGCUAUACUCCCCAUUUUUCAAGCACCAUCGCUGAACCAAUUUAUGAUAAGAACUUCGGAAAUUAAAAGAGUACUGAAUGAUAUUAGAGGCCUCAAAUCUUUAAAAAGCUCAAAAGAGCUUGUUUUGGAUGCUAAAUACAAUGAUGUGGUAGAAAUAUAUGGUAGUGAGGUUCCACGUGAGCUUGAAAAACUGCUCAUUGAAGCAUCAUCCUAUGACCAACAAAUUUUCAUCACAGGAAGGUUUGAAAGUCUCAAAUAUUUAAUUAUAAAAAGUUCUGAAUCUAGAAGUUCCGAGAUUAGUAUUAGGAUUUCUGCUCCAAAUUUAGUCAAAUUAGAUGCCAAUGGUCAUAAUUUAAAGAAUUUGGAACUGUUUGAUUGUCUAAAAUUGAAGAUUAUAUGCGCUGACAAGGCAGAAAGAGUGCAUACUCACGAGGAUUUACCUUCGUUGAAAUACCUCAACAUUCUAGACACAAAAGAUGCAGAUGAAAUCCAUGUAAAGGCAUCAAAUUUGAAGCAUAUCAAAACCCCAUUAAAUGGUAAAGCUAAAAUCCAGAUGGCAGAUAUUACAGGCAGUGAUCAAAAGAGGCAGAAAUUAGAAGUUUCAAACACCCAGAACAAAUAUGAAAUAAGUGAACUUGUGGAUGACGAGUUUAAAAUUCAUCCACUCUUGGAUGUGAUCUCAAAAAAAUUCAAACUUGAUUCAGAUGUCGUUAUGAAUAGUAGCUAUGACUACUCAUGUUGA